AUGAUGAGCAAGCCACUUUCAUACGGCCUCAACCUCAGCAAAAAAUCCGGUUCACAAAAACCAAACCCCGCAAAGCGACGUCCAGUAUUCGGCGACGAUGGGGACUCGGACGAUGACGACAACCGCGCCGGCGGUAAAAGUGGGCAGGUCGAGGUGAUCACAGAAAUCAGCGACGCCGCACCGCCACCAGCAGCGGCCGCCCGCAACCGUGACGCCAAGACGUCAUCAGCGUCAAAACCCAAAUCCGCCGGCGGGCAAAGACCAUUGUCAGGGGCGAAACCGUCCGGAGGCGCAGGCAAGCAGGUGCCGAUUAUCGGGGACUUGUCGAGCGCGCUGACGGCGCGCAAGCACGCGCAGAGCGCCGAGAAGGAGGACCCGUCGAUAUACGACUACGACGCGGCUUACGACUCGUUCAAGGCAGCGCCCGCCGCAGCCGCAGCGGCCAAGGCCUCUGCGGCGGACCGCAGACCGCAGUACAUGGCGAACUUGAAGAAAAUGGCCGAGGUGCGGGAGAGGGACCGCAAGAUCGCAGAGGACAAGAAGAUGAAGCGGGAGCGCGAGGCCGAGGGGGACGAGUUUGCCGACAAGGACAUGUUUGUGACCGAGGCGUAUAAGAAGCAGCAGGAAGAGAACAGGAGGCUAGAGGAGGAGGAGAAGAGGAGGGAGGAGGCCGAGGACAAGAAGAACGAGGCCGGGGGCAUGACGGGCUUCUACAAGCGGCUGCUGGACCAGGGCGACAAGAGACAUGCAGAGAUGAUGAAGGCUGCCGAAGAGGCACAGAAGAAUGGCGGGCCGCAAAAGCCCCAAGAGGACGAAGCGGAGGAAAAGGAAAAGACGGACGUCGAUAUGGCCCGGGAAUUGAACCAGAAGGGAGCCGCGGUGGCCAUCAACGAUGAUGGCCAGGUCGUGGACAAGAGGCAGCUGCUAAAGGGCGGGCUCAACCUCGGGGCCAAGAAGAAGACCGAUGUCAAGAAGGACGACGAUCGCGACCGAAGGGACGAGCGCGACAGGCGAGACCACGGGAGCAGCAGGGGUUACUUUGGCGGCGGAGGUAAGCAGGCCAUGCGGGAUCGGCAGUCACGCAUGAUGGAGGCUCAGUACGAACAGGCGCUCAAGCGUUCACGGGAGGAGGCCGAGGAGGAGCGCAAGAAGAUUGAGCUAGUAUCCAAGAGUCGCAAGACAGAAAGCGAUAUCUCAAGCGCCAAGGAGAGAUACCUGGCGCGCAAGAGGGCCGAAGCCGAGGCGAAGAAGAACGGCGCUGUAGAUCCGUAA